AUGAAGUUCGAAACCUGGCUAGAUGACCUACACCUCUUCCUACAGCUCACUGCCAAGGAAGACAUCUCACUGUACGAUCACGCCCUAGGCCAUGCUACUGCUCCUGCUGCUACUGCUGACAGCACUGCUCGCUCACAGUGGCAGACUCGUGACGCCCACGCUCGCUUCGCUAUUCGCAACUCCCUGCCGAUAGAUGAGCGCGAGCACUUUGGGCAGCACAAGACUGCACAGGCACUGUACACUGCUGUCGUUGCCCGCUACUCCUCACCGGCCUCUGCUGCACUAGGCCUCACCCGCCUCCCUGACACACUGCGUGCUGUCAGGGACCACUUCCUAGCUCGCUGCCCCACUAAGCUCACCAUUGCCCUCCUCGAGAAGGAACUGCUUGCAGCUGAGGCUAGCAUAGUCGCUGUAGGUGCCUCUCGUGGCAACCCCCGUACCCCGUUCUUUGAGGGGUGUUCUCCUUCCCCCCUUCUUCCCUCUAUCGCCUCUUCUGCUGCUGUCGACCUCCUUGGUGUUGAGAAGGUCGGGACUGCGUCUGCUUCGAGCGGGCGCCGCAGCGGCAAGGGCAAAGGGGGCAAGGGCGGUGGUGGUGACAGCGGGGGAGGCGGUGGUGGGGGAGGUGGCGGCGGUGGGGGUGGUGGCGCGAUUGGAGGGGCUAGUGGCAGCGGUGGGGGUGGUGGCGGCAGCGGCGGGGGAGGUGGCCGGGGCGGAAGCGGUGCUGGGGGUGGUGGUGGACGCGGCGGCGGCAGAGGUUGGGGUGGUCGAGGAGGUGGUGGCGGCGGUGGUGGUCGUGGAGGCGCUGGCGGUGGCCAGGGCCAGCAGCACACUCCGUCGCCCCAGGAGAAGGGGGUUGAUAUCUAUGCUCUAGAAUUUGAUGCUAUUCUCACUGCUAUGUAUGUGAUGUCUACUACUGGAGACGGUGUUGAGUACCUGUGUGUGCCGCCCGACCCGGGCAUUAGGACUAGUGCGUCUACCGCUCCAGGUACUCGCGUGUCUGCUAACCCAGGUGCUGGUGAGGCAGCUGCUCUAGGUGCUUGUGCAUCUGCCCCCCCUGGUACUGAGUCGACAGCAGCAUUGCACACCUUCACACUGGACUCAUGUGCUUCUCGCUGCUUCUUUCGUGACCGCACUGCCCUUGAGCCGCUUGCUCGGCCGGUAGCUGUCUCCCUCGCUGACCCCUCUGGGGGUCCGGUCAUUGCGACGUACUCCACUGUUCUUCCCUGUCCUGCGGUCCCGUCGGGCACACUAUCAGGUCUCCACCUCCCCUCGUUCUCUACGAACUUGGUGGCAGGUUGUGCGCUCCAGGACGGGGGUGUUAACCAGUUCACCCCUGCCUACGAGCGUGUGACACACUGCACGUGUGCUCGUACGGGCUGCCACUUGGCUACCUUCACUCGGCAGCCGGGGUCAAACCUGUACACACUGACCACUGAGUCCCCUCAGGUCGCUGCGUCUGCGUCUGCAUCUACGUCAGGUCAGCUGUCUGCCCCCUGCUUGUGUCGCUCUCUUGUGCACGAGACUGUCCUCUGGCACCACCGACUUGGCCACCCGUCUGUGCAGCGCCUUCGUGCUAUGCACUCCCGGUACCUUGUCUCUGGUCUUCCCAGGGUCCUCCCUCCCCUCCCACCCUCGCCUGCUCCUCCCUGUCUUCCCUGUGUCGAGGGGCGGCAGCGCGCCGCUCCUCACUCCUCGUUUCCCCCGACGACUGCUCCCUUGCAGACGCUCCACAUGGACGUGUGGGGCCCAGCCCGCGUCUGUGGUCAGGGUCAGGAGAGGUACUUCCUGAUAGUUGUUGACGACUACUCGCGCUACACCACGGUCUUCCCCUUGCGCACCAAGGGUGAGGUCCCUGAUGUCUUGAUCCCUUGGAUCAGCAGAGCCCGUCUCCAGCUCAGCGAGCGUUUGUGCUCGGACUUUCCUGUCCUGCGCUUGCACUCUGACAGAGGUGGUGAGUUCUCCUCCGACCUCUUGGCAGCCUACUGUGCUGAGCACGGCAUUGAGCAGUCGUUCACGCUUCUGGCCUCUCCACAGCAGAAUGGGGUUGCGGAGCGCCGCAUUGGCCUGGUCAUGGAGGUCGCCCGUACCUCCUUGAUCCAUGCGGCUGCCCCCCACUUUCUGUGGCUGUUUGCGGUCCGUUUUACCACGCCACCUCGCGCCGAGUCUUGCCCUCUCAGGACGUCACUUUUGACGAGUCCGUCCCCUACUACCGCUUCUUCCCCUACCGCACUGCCCUGCUCCCCCCCCCCGCCUCUCUUCCUCGAGCUAGGUGCUGCUGUCGUAGACCUCCUCCACCCUCAGGGUGCUGCUCCCUCAGGUGUGUCUCAGGUAGACCCGGUUGAGCCUGUUGAGGUAGCUGUCGACUCUCGUCCUGCUGUGGGUGCGGAGCCUGGGGGUGCUGAGCCUGGGGGUGCUGAGCCUGGGGGUGCUGAGCCUGGGGGUGCUGAGCCUGGGGCCUGA